UCGCCGGUCGCAGCAGGAAGACCCUUCACCGGGCUGAAUUUGUUGUCGGAGACACCUUUCCCCGUCCUUCAGCAGGAAAAUGUACUACAAAUUCAGCGGCAUCACCCAGAAAUUGACGGGGUCUGCUCCUUCGGCGGCCUUCAGCCCUCAGGGGCUGAGGCCAGGUGUGCCAGCAGAGCCCCCAACCAUGAUCUUUGCCACUCCCACCAAGGUGGUGUCUGAGGCCGGGGCCACAGUGGAGUACAUGGGAACAAACAGGGUUCCUGACUUCCAGAGGCUAUUCCAGACGCCAGACGGCAUCCCCAUUCAUCUGAAGCGUGGCGUCCCAGACAGGCUACUGUACCGCACCACCAUGGCUCUCACUGUAGGAGGCGCUCUGUACUGUCUGGUGGCUCUUUACAUUGCAGCACAGCCCAGCAACAAAUAACCAACACAACACAGGGAUCUUUGUGUGACACAUGCACCCAACAUUCCUGGCCUCCAUCUGCUCUUGCCGUCCCACCUCUUUGGACUCUUAGAUGAGAAUUAAUCACUGUUGAAGCAUCACACCAAUGACAACAACCACAAUGAUGUCUGUCUUCUUUGUAAAAAAUGUUUAAGUUAAUAAAUUUUAAGGGGAAACAAA